UUUUUUUAAUCUCAGGCUCAAAUUCAAUACAUAACAAGGCGGAGGGUUCAGGGAGUCACUACAUAAAGGCCCCAAUUGUCAGAUUUUCUGCAGCUGCACCUGAGAAAGCUACACAGUUUGCUCAGACAAAAUGAGACUUUCAGUUGUCCUGUUCCUCGUUGCCAGCUCUGCUGGGUUGGCAGGGAGUGUGUUUUUAAAGACCUUGGUGUUCCCUGAUGAGUCGGACAGCAGUUAUGUGGAGAUGGUCCCCCAGAAGCCCCUGAACCUCGCGGCGUUCACCCUGUGCAUGCGAGUGGCCACAGAGCUGCCCAAUAUGGAGCGUGAGAUCAUCCUGUUUGCAUACCGGACUCAAGACUUUGACGAGCUGAAUGUGUGGCAAGAGCUGGACGGCAGAUACUCCUUCUACCUGAGUGGAGAUGGCGUUAUGUUCAAGGCCCCUAAGCUUGGGCCCACUGAGACCCACAUUUGUGUCACCUGGGAUUCCAGUUCAGGAGCGGCUGCCAUCUUCAUGGAUGGGAGGAAAAGCGUGACCAAAAUUUACAGGAGGGGUCACAGGAUCCGCUCCGAAGGCAAGGUUAUCAUCGGGCAAGAUCCGGAUAACUACCUGGGGAGUUUUGACGCCAAACAGAGUUUUGUUGGGUCGAUCAGUGAUGUUAAUAUGUGGGACUCUGUCCUCUCAGACAGCACCAUCCAAGACAUGAAUUCAGGGAAGAGAGUACCAAGAGGAAAUGUCUUUGACUGGGAAUCCGUUGAGCUUAAAGUUAAAGGAGGGGCGGAGGUUGUUAAUAGUGAGUGAGUGAUUAGCUAAAAUGCUCACACACAACAUGCUGGAAUCUUUUUUAAAUGUCAUAAUAUUAACUAAUGCAAUGUAACUUUGCACACCCACAUUAACUGUAUGAUAUAUUUGUUGAUUAAAAAGCAGGUCUGUGCACUGAUGUGAUAAAGAUGUACACAAAUUGUUUUACCGUAAAUGAAAGGUAUAAUUUGUAACAUUCUGCAUUAAAAUGUCCAAAAAAAAG